AUGUCCGCAUUUCCUCCGCCACUCUCGCGCCGCGACGCCGUUGCCACUGAACCUGAAACCUUCCAUCUCUCGCCGAUAGUAGCCAUGCCGCCCGCGACUUCCCCCCGCCGCGCUCCGCGCACCGCCCGCCGUCCGUCCGUCGCGCGUUCUUCCGCGCGCUUCAAGCCGCCCGCCAACCCCACGCGCGCGGCGCUCCUCGUCAUGUUCUUCGCGGCGGCAUCCAUCGCGCGCUUCGCGGAACCAGCGGCGGCGGCGCCGGCGGCGUCGUGGGGUCCCGCGUGCGUGAACGGGUUCCCGAAGCGCGCGCUGUGCCGCUUCGUGGAUGACUUGGCGGCGUCCCCGCUGGUGGAGGUUGACGGCGCGACGGGCAGCGGCGUCACCAUCGGGGUGUUCCAGAAACGCAUCGUGAGUGUAACGCCUGCGGGCCUAUACGACGGGGUGCUCCAUGCUCCACUUCCCUCUCCACAACCCCCCCACUCUUCUCCCCCCCCCCUGGCUUCCCCUCUCUCGUUCUUGCCUUGCCCCUCACCCGCCGUCCCUUCUUACAUCCUCCCCCCCCACCCCUCCGUCCGUGCCGGCGUGCAGAAGUUUCACCCGUGUCCCCCCACUCAUCCGUCUUCCCCCUUCUGCCCCCCACUCCCCUGCUUCCGUCCCUCCCCCAUGCCGCCAUGCACACAUGGCGAUACCGCACGUGGCGGCGGCUGGCAGGUGAAGUGGGAGAACCAUGUGAGCGACCAGCAGCACAUGCUGGGGGUGGACUACUCGCUCUCACACGUCGCCCGCCCCGCCCAAGGCGGCAUCCCCAUCUGUGCGCACCGCUGCCCCACCGCCUGUCAUGCCAUGUCUCUCCUCUCCCCCCUCCUCUCCCCCCUCCUCUCCCACCUCCUCUCCCCCCUCCUCUCCCCCCUCCUCUCCCCCCUCCUCUCCCCCCUCCUCUCCCCCCUCCUCUCCCCCCUCCUCUCCCCCCUCCUCUCCCCCCUCCUCUCCCCUCUCCUCUUCCCAUCUCCACCGCAAUCCUCUCCUUCAUCGAUUUUCCUGCCUGGUCUUCUCCCUGCACUCGUUAGCUCCUUGCACGGAGGCUCCCUCCCAUGCGCGCGGCUCUCCUUGCUUGCCAUUCUUACCCAUGCAUGCGCGCACUGCCUCUCGCGCGCACGGUGCCAUCUCAUGCUUCCAUUCCCACAUGCGCUCGUACGCAACUCCCUGCGGUUGUCUCACUCACCCGAAUCCCCCCACCUGCACGGCUCAGAGUCCCCAAGCCAUUCAGACGGCCACCCGCACGCGUGGUUCUCGCAGCACGGCGACACCGGCUCUGCCUUCUCCUCCGCCACCACCACCUACCCCAACGCCCAACCACCGACUCUCCUCUGGUUCCACGACCACGCCAUGGGAUACACUCGUCUCAACACCGCUGCUGGCAUGGCCGGGCUGUACCUUAUCAGAGACCCGACACGGGUGGAGCAGGCGAUGAGUGGGUGGUUGCCGCAGGGGGAUUUUGAUGUGCCGCUUGUGCUGGCGGAUCGGCGGUUUCGGAAGGACGGGAGUGUGGUGUAUGGCGGAGGGGGGGGUGGAGGGAUGGGCAUGGGCAUGCAGAUGGAGAGCUUCGGCAAUGUGAACGUGGUCAAUGGGAAGGUGAGUCCCGACCCCCCUCCUUGUGCCCUGCCCCCCCUCCCCAUCCCACCGCCUCGUUUUCAUCUUGCCCCCACCCCGACACCUCCACUUACUCCCUCUCUUCCCCCUGUGUGGCGCUGUGGUUGGGGGGCAGGUGUGGCCGCCGUACAUGACCAUGAAGCCUCACCUGUACCGUCUGUGCCUUCUGAAGCGCCUCAAACACCCCCCGCUCACCAACAUCACACCACCUCCCCCAACUCCCCCACCCGUCCUAUGUUGCUCUGGCAGGUGUGGCCGUACAUGGCAGUGAAGCCCCGCCGGUACCGUCUGCGCCUGCUGGGGGCGGCCAACUCGCGCGUGUACCGCCUGCAAUUCCAGUGCGCCGCCCAGAAGGACUACCCGCACCUCGUGCCGCCCCUGGACGGCCCCACUCUCUCCGUGCUGCAGAUAGCCUCAGACGGUGGGUACCUAGCGGCGCCCGUGCGCCGCUCCUCAAUACUCCUAGCCCCAGGGGAGCGAGCAGACGUGCUUCUCGACCUCUCCUCGCUCCCCUCCUCCUGCCGCCACAUCCUCCUCCUCAACACCGCGCCCGCGCCCUUCCCCGCGGGCGCGGGCGGCAUGGGCGGCAUGAUGGGCGGCCCGAUGGGGCGGGUGGCUCGCGGUGUAGGCAAGGUGGUGGGCGGUACAGGGAGGGCGGUGGGGAGGACAGUGCGGAAGGUGACAGGGCGGAAGAAGGUGGUAACAGCAAAGAAGGCCGUGGGGACGGUGAUGCUGUUCAAGGUGGUUCAGGAGGCUGCUGUGGCUCCGCCCGCUCUGCCGGCCACACUUCAGGUGUGUGGGAAUGUGGGCUCUAGGCUUAAGAUUCUUCUCAUCACCCCUCACGUCCCUCCACCUCCCACCUGUUCACCUCAUUUCGUUGAAGCAUGUUGCAGCUGUUUCCUCUUAAUCAUGUAUCCCCCUUCCAUUCCCUUUCCUUUGCUCACCAUCUCCCUUGUUCAACCUCUUCCUCUCCUGCUCCCAAUCCUGUACCUUGAUCUCUUCUUCCCAUUCCCUCUUCCUUCCCCCCUUGCCUCUUCCCUGCUAUGCCUCACUUUCCUCGUUUACGUUCCUAUUUAUAGACCAUAUCCCAUCUUCAUCACUUACCCCCUCGCCUCAUCCUGCCCACAGGCCAUACCCCCCAUCGACCUCUCGCAAGUGUCUCGGGUGCGCUACCUCACUAUCUCCGGCAUGACGAUGAGCGGUAUGGGCGGAGGCAUGGGCGGGGGCAUGGGCGGGAGAAUGGGCGGCAGGGGGAGAAGAGUGCGGAGGCGAGGGAGGGGCAUGGGGGAGCUGUGGGGCAUGUGGGAAGACAUGAGCAGCAACAUCUCUGCAACCUCCCAUGCUGUGCAGAGGAGCGCCAUCAGGGGGCGCAUGGGGAUGGGCAUGGGGGGCGGUGGGAUGGGAGGGGGUGGUGGAGGAGGCAUGGGGGGCGGGGGGACGUCAAUGAUGCGAUUCACGAUCGACGGCAAGGGCUUCAUGGAUACUGCCACAGAGGUGGCUGCAGAAGGAGCGUCAGAGUUAUGGCACAUAGUGAACACAGGCUCGCACGCGCACCCCAUUCACAUCCACCUGGUGCAGCACCGCCCCAUCUCCCGCCGCCCCUUCAACGCCGCGGGUUUCCUCAAGGGCUCGUGUGCGCUGAGCGGCGGCAGCAGCAAGCCGAGCUGCUACACCGGGGGUGCGGAGGCGGUGGGGGCGUGGGAGAGCGGGUGGAAGGAUACGACGCUCGCGCUGCCUGGGCAAGUGCUGAAGCUGUUUGUGAGGUUCACUGCUCAGGAUGGGUCGGCGUUUCCGUUUGACGCGACAGCGGGUCCGGGCGCCCACUCCCCUCAAGCACCCCCCCUUAGCGAACCGUCGUGGCCCUCCCGCCGUCGCGGCCCCAUGGUCGCCCAGCCACGCCUGCCGCCGCGCAUGUCGCUCGCCUGCCCCUCGCUUGCCACGCGCCUACCACAUGCUCGCCGCACUUGCCAUGCGCCUGCCGCCACACCUUCCACACACCUACCCCUCACCUGCUGCACGCCUGCCGCGGCGCCUACCGCGUGCCUGCCUCGCGCCUGCCACCACUCCUGCCUCUCGCCUGCUGCCGCGCCUGCCAACCGCUUGUUGGGCUGA